AUGCCCUCCGUCCCUGCACGUGGGCUUGCUCGCCUGCCCGUGCACCGGGCCCUUCCUACCAUCAUCUCAUCCAUUCGCGUCUCGUCGCCAUCAUGUGUUGGCUUCACUGAGAAGAACCUCUUCACGGCUCCCCUUCAGCGCCGUUCCAUCCACAAUUCCGAGCGCAUGGCUAUCAGCUCCUCGGACCGCCGCACCAGCACUGUUGCUGAGCUACCAACUGUUGACCCUACCACUCAACCACCCAGCUCCGAGCCCAAAAGCGCUCCUCUGUCGGUUCUGCCACUGAGCAUGAUUGUCCGCUCCCUACUCACCACAGUCGUCUCGUCUUCUCCCAUCCUCCUCCCACCCUCGCUCCGCAUUAUGUCUCUCCUCGCCAACACUCACAACCCCAUCCUCAACCCCGACAAGAACCCUCUACUCCGCUUCUUCCUCAAAAAGACCUUUUACGCCCAAUUCUGUGCUGGUGAGAGCCCCGUUGAAGUGCAGGCAACCAUCGCUCGCCUCAAGAACAUCGGCUUCAGCGGCGUCAUUCUCGGCUACGCCAAAGAGGUUGUCCUGACGCAGGAUCAGGCCAAGUCCGUUGCCGCGGAGGACCAAGGAAAGGAGACUGACGCCGACAUUGCCAACGAGAUUGAGCCCUGGGCUCAUGGUACCCUCGAGACUGUUGCUCUCGCCGAGCCUGGUGACUAUGUUGCCCUCAAGUUCACCGGCGCUGGCCGCCUUGCUCUCUACCAGCUUUCGCAGAACCACGGUCCUUCCCCCUACCUGUACAAGUCCAUCGAUGCUAUUUGUGCCCUUGCCCAGCAGCGCGGUGUUCGUCUCCUUUUCGACGCUGAACAAGAUGCUCUUCAGGAUGGCAUCGACAGCUGGACCAUGACCUUUGCUCGCAAGUACAACACCUCUCCCGAGACUGCCACCGUCUAUGGCACCUACCAGGCGUACAAGAAGAAGACCCCCGCUGUCAUCUCUCGCCAUCUAGCCGACGCUCAGGAAGGCGGUUUCAGCCUUGGUGUCAAGCUGGUUCGUGGCGCAUAUCUCGGAUCUGACCCCCGUCAAUGCUUCUGGGAGACCCAGCAAGGAACCGACGCCUGCUACAACAGCAUCGCUGCUGGUGUCCUCACCCGCCAGUGGGGCCCCAUGGUUGAGGGUAAGGGAGAAUUCCCUAACGCUCACAUAGUCCUUGCUACCCACAACGUCGAAUCUGUCCGCCGUGCCCGUGCCAUCUGCGGUGCUGGUGGUGCCAAGUCCGGCAUUGCUUUCGCUCAGCUCCAGGGCAUGGCUGAUGAGGUUAGCUGCGAGCUUGUCGAGGCUGACAGUGCUAACAAGGGCACUGAACUCCCCGUCUUCAAGUACCUCGUCUGGGGCACCACUGGCGAGUGCAUGAAGUAUCUUCUGCGCCGUGCGAAUGAGAACAAGGACGCUGUCGGCCGUACACGCAGCGGUCGUGAUGCCAUGUGGGCCGAACUUGUCCGCCGAUGCAAGACUGCUGUCGGGUUUGUUUAA